AUUUGUGAAAAAGUCCCAAUCUGGCUGAUUUUGGAAAUUAAAUUUCCGGCUAAAAUCAGCACCUUUUCCGUCGGCUUUUGCUUCCAAGUUUGUCUCGGUUUAUAGUUCAGGACGUUCAGUUUGAAAUCAGUGCAAGUAAGAAUGGAAAAUUCGUCGAAAUCGGUGGCAUAACUUUUCGAUCGAUUCGUACGUGGACGUGUCGGGAAAUGAUUACUAGCUCGUUAUUCGCUGCAGAAAACAUCCAUUGCUCGUCGUAACAAAGGGAAGCUCUUGUGUGUUGUUACGUGCUUUCUCUUCCUCUAGAAGCGGAGGAGGAACCAUUGGGAAAGGGAGCACGAUGCUGGAACCGAAGGCCACCGAUGAUUCGCAACAGCAGCAGCAGCAGGAGGAGCUGGACCGAAACUUGGGCAAUGAGGUUCCGGCAAAGGUCGCUGGGGAAACGGCACCGGAAGCGGAGAAGAGUCGCGAGCUGCAGCUGGAAUUGAAACGGAUCCGAGAUGAGUUCAACCAGCAGCGGGCCAAGAUGAAGGAAUUGUACCUGGCCAAGGAAGCGGAAUGCAAGCGAUUUUCCAAGGAAGCCGCCGCAGUGCGGAAGGAGCUAGACGAGGCCAAAUCGCAAAUCAUGGUGAUGGAGUACAACCGGGAGAAGGAUCUGGAGGAGCAGAACAGACGAGCGCAGGAGGAGAUCCACACGCUGCAGCAGUUGGUCCAGGAAACGGUGGACGAAUCGGCUUUCAGCAACGGGGAGGUGCGACGGCUUGCCGAGGAGAACGAACGUCUCCGGGCGGAACAGCAGGAACUGAAGGAGGCGCUCGCUGCAGCGCAGCAGGAUACGCCGAGUUUGGCACCGGUGCUGAACCAGGCGAAGAAGAUCAUCCGCAAGCUCGGGGCGGCCGAUUCCAAUAGUCACGACAAUCUGGAGGAUUCCAUGCGGAAGGUAAACAAAUAUGCUCAGGAAGAUGCUGAGGUGCUUCGGUCGCUUGUGGUUCCCCUAGAGGAAGAGAUCAAAACUCUGAAAGAGAAGCUGAGAGAUGCUUACGAAGAGCUUGAGAAGCACCGUGGCGAAGACACGCGGAAGCCUCCAGAAUCGGCACUGGUUGGGAUGUUGAAGGAGGCGGCUCGGAAGGAUCCAGCUCCAAAGGAACCAAAUCCCGACAAUCCCCAAGAACCAUCCACCAAUAACCCAUCGCCGUGCGAGAUGUGCUCCAAUUACGAAACCAAAUUGGUCCAUUGUCAGGAACAGAUCAAUGGCGAGAAGCAAAAAGUGCAGCAGCUGGAAAAGAGCGUCGAGCGGAUGAAGGAAGAACUGGCCAAAGAGGGUGCUAUGCGAGCGGACUUGGAAACUCAGUGGCAGCUGAAACGAGAGGAUCACAAGGCUGAGGUGCAGCGACUGAAUGAGCAAACGGCCAAAGCGGAACAGGAACUGGCGGCACUGAGGAAGGACUACGGUCAACUGAAGCAGACCGUGAACGACGAGUUGCAGAAGCUGACGGAGGAGCGGGAACAGGUUUACCGCCAUUUGGAGGUCCUGCAGAAGGACAACGAAUUCCUCUCCGGUAAAUACCUGGACAAUUCCGAGAUGCUCAAGGAUCAGGAAAUCAACCUUCCCCAAAGUAUCGACGAGCUUCACGAGCUGGUUCUGACGCUGCACGAGAAUCUGAUCGUCACCAAAGCGGGUUGUGAAUUUGCCGAGCGGAAAACGCUCAGCAUGCAGGACGAAGUGACCCUGCUGCGAGACCAGCAGCACAUUCGCGAACGGGAAGUUCGUCGCGCCGAACGGGAUUACUCCAACAAGGUCGCCCAGCUGGAGGAGCAACUCCGACAGCAGUACCAGCACUAUCAACGCCUGGCCGCCCACAAGGAAGAACUGGAACGGGCCGACGCCGAUAACAAGCGCCAGAUAUCCGAACUCCGGAUGCAAACCAUCGAGCUGCAGGCCACCAACGAAAAGCUGGACAAGCACAACGUGGACCUCAAGAACAAGAUGAGUGUCCUCCAAGAGGACCUCGCCAACAACGAGGCCGUCCAGAAGGACUUUGUCAAGCUGUCCCAAUCGCUGCAGAUGCAGUUGGAGAAGAUUCGCUCGGCAGACACGCAGGUCCGCUGGCAAGACGAAGAGGACAUUGACCAGUGCCCGAACUGUCGGAAGGAGUUUACGGUAACGCGACGGAAGCAGCACUGUCGCCACUGCGGCACCAUCUACUGUCCACCGUGUCUCACGAAAACGGUCUCGAUGGGAGCGAAUCGACGGCCGGCGCAUGUCUGCGACGUGUGCCACACGCUUCUGGUCCAGGACACGGCACCCUACUUCAGCCGGGAACCUCCGCAAUCGCCCUGAGCUGAGUCGUCGUCGUCGUCGACAGCUAUAGUUAGGUAGUGUUCUUGUACGUGUAAAUGUGUAACUUUAUGGCCGCCUAGCGCCGUUUUGCUGCCAGAGGCCAGAUUUAGUGCUGUUAGGGCAAAUUGAGUUCCGUUCAGGGAGCGAUUGGGAGGGGUGGGUAAUCCAAAGCUAUCCGUUUGACAAUGAAAGAGAGACAAGCGCGCGAGGACGAGCGAACGAGUGCAAAGAGGCAAAGCAUGUUUUAUUAUUACUCUGAUUCAAAUUUUAGUGUACAUUUAGCUCUUUCGCUUUGUCGUAUUGCAGAACUUUAUGGAACAUAACUACUUACAAGGAAAUAUCGCAAAAUAUAGGAUUCGUUACUAACCGAU